AUGAUGCACAUGACCUUCUACUGGGGCGUAGAGGCCACCAUCCUCUUCUCCUCCUGGCACACGCGCACUCUCCCGCAGUACUGCCUCGCUAUCGCGCUUGUCGCGCUCGCCAGUAUCGCGUACGAGGGCCUUAACUCUCUGCGCGUCAACGUGGCAGCGGGAAAGCUGGCGCGGGCGAGCACUGUUUCCGACGAAUCGACGAGCACACCACUGCUUACCGGAACCUCUCGGCCUCCAGCUCGGCUUUCUUGGGCAGACAAGCUACCUCUCUCCCUGCUCUACAUUGCCACGUCUGCGCUGGGUUACCUCCUCAUGCUAACCGCCAUGUCCUUCAAUGGGGGGAUCUUCAUUGCUAUUGUUGUUGGGCUAGCCGCAUCCAUGGCUGAUCAAUUGUCCGAGGAUCAGAUUGCGGAGUUUAAGGAAGCUUUCAGCUUAUUCGACAAGGAUGGAGAUGGUAGCAUCACAACGAAGGAGCUCGGAACCGUCAUGCGUUCGUUGGGACAGAAUCCAACUGAGGCUGAGCUUCAAGACAUGAUCAACGAAGUCGAUGCGGAUGGUAACGGAACGAUCGAUUUUCCAGAGUUUUUGAACCUUAUGGCGAGGAAAAUGAAGGACACCGAUUCUGAGGAGGAAUUGAAGGAGGCGUUUAAGGUGUUCGACAAGGACCAGAACGGAUUCAUCUCGGCGCAGGAGCUUCGGCACGUGAUGACGAAUUUGGGAGAGAAGUUGACAGACGAGGAGGUUGAUGAGAUGAUUCGGGAGGCUGAUGUGGAUGGAGAUGGACAAGUGAACUACGAGGAGUUUGUGAAAAUGAUGAUGGCUAAGUAG